AUGGCUCGGCAGGAGGCGAAGCCCCGGGGCCCGCGAGGAGCCGGGCCGGCGGCGAGGAGGCGCGGGGUCCGGCCUGGGGCGCGCGGGCUCGGGGCGGCCGGCGUGAGCGGCCCCGGGCGCGCGCGGGGUCCUCGGGCCGCCGCGUCCCUGGAGGCGCCGCCGCCGCUGCUGCUGGGACUCCUGCUGCUGGCGGCCCUGCCCGGGCACUGCCCGGCCCACCCGGGAACAGACAACCUGCAGAUCACCGUCACCCCAGACCCAGAGUCAUUUCCUCCCGGGAAAUUGUCCCCGAUCUCACCAACAUGGCCUUUCUCAGAUGCCCCGUCUUCCUCGGCAGUGGACAGAACCAAGGAUGUGCUGGGCCCGACCCCUGACAAUGCCAGCGUGCCGCAGCUCAUCCGAACGCCUCCUCCCAAGACGCUCCGCAGGCCGAGAGCCCACGGGGACCUCUCUCCUGCCCCUUCCCAAGGAAGCGGACAGAGCGCCUCCCUCAAGCCUUCCAGGGAUCCCACCAAGUCACCGGUCCAGCCGAGACCGCAGGGGGGAAGAGAAGCGGCCAGUGUGUCAGGUCUGCCUCACACUAGCAUGCUCCCCGCAUUGCCCACUGUCCCCCGGGGGACGUCCUUGAACCCUGUCCUCCCAUCUCAGCCAGGGUGGGGAGGGACUCCUUCCAUCUCAGAUCGACACCCUCUGAGGUCAGACAUCCUCCCGCUUCUCCCUCCAUCUCCAUCCCCUUCAUUGGCUCCCGCCUCACCUCAUCCCAUCAUCUUUCCUAAGCCGGCCGGGCCGCCUACCACAGAGCCUUUGGUCCCCCAAACAGCUCCAACUGACUGCCCUCCACGUCAGAGCGUGGCUGAUCCCCUAAACCCACCUACUGACGAGAUGAACCACACCCCACCCCCAAAUGCCCAGGAUUUAACAAGCGUCCCCCGUCUAGGUUUCUCUGGACCUUCAGCAGAGCAGCGUUCAGAGCUGCCCCCCACGGAGGAUCCUCGUGCCGCAGGCUCCCCCACACCAGAGUUUCUGAGGUCCGGGCCAGCACUGGCCCAUCGGUCUCCCCCUCCCCUAGCCCUUGGAAGUCUUCACCUGCCCCGUGGACCUCCCUCCUGGUCAAGCUUGGAAGCGCCCUCAAGGCCUGCAUCCGCCCAGCCGGUCACAGUGGAGGCGGCUGAAGCUGUGCACCGUGGGGUGUCUCUGCCAGCUCUGAGGAGCAGGCCCGUGCCCUCACUUUUCCAGACUGUGGAGUCAGGGCGGGUGGAGGUGACCGGCAGGAUGCUAGCCGCCACCGCUGCCAAGGACUCCGCUGACCCACUGCACCUGUCAGCAGCUCCAGGGGAUUCUGAAGGGCCCGUCCCUUCAGCAGAACACACUUCUUCCUCUUUGGUGCCUUCUCCUCUGCCUCCCACUCCCGCCGGCCGAGGACAAGCCGUCCUUUCUGCAUCACCCUCAGAGGGCGCAGAGGCAGACUGUCCUGCUGUCCCGCAGCCGGCACGGAACCAGGCCCCUCCACCCACCCAGCCCCGCACGCCAACUCCUUGGGGAGAGGGCCGCCAUGGACCCCCUCCUACUGCAUCUACCGACUUCCCCCUCUCCAGCACAUUUCCUGACCUCCUCGCCACCCCUUGGACAUUGCCGCUGCAGAAAGAACACGGCGUGACAGCCGUCCUGCGGAAACACGAAAAGGCAAAUGUGACAGUUGCUCUGCAGACCCUCCUAAGUAAAGAGGUUCCGAGUCUUCGCACUCUAAGUGGAGUCACCUCUGCUUUCAGCGCCGAUCCUGCUUCAGCCACUGUCCCCACCACGCCAAGAGCAGACCUUGCUUCAGAAUUCCCGCCAUGUCCCCUCCCAUCCACACCAGCUGCCCAGACUGUUUCCCCGUCUCCGGGCCUUUCCAGCAGCAAGCCAGGGACGGACGCAGCUGCGACGGGCCCUGCAGAGCUGCCAGUUUCAACUUCCAAACAGGUGGCAGUCCUUCCCUCCUCCUCCGAGGUCUAUGAUUUCUCAACAAUGGGAAGCAGGCAAGCGCCAGCGGUCACAGAUGCGCUCCGGAGUUCCCUUUCCGCGGAAACUGGACCCCCUUCCCCAGAACCAACGCUAUCUGGCUUGCUGCAGCAGACAAAGGAUGCUAUCAACGGGCACACAAUUAACUCCACAAGUUGGAGACCUCACUCAGCUCCCUCUCCUGCCCCCGGUGUUUUAGCUCCAGCUGUUAAUACAAUAGACCCCCCCGAUCUCAGAGACACUGCUGGGCACGGAGCAACUGCAGAUGGCAUUAGCUUUCCAGAUUCAGUCCUUGAAUCAGGCACCAACCAGCCCAUCCAACCGUCAGGCGUGACCAUGGUUGGAAACCGUACAGCUGUCUCGUCUACAAGUAAUAACAACCAUUCCAGAGACUUCCAAACAACCAAAGUUGAAGAUUUCCCACCCUCAAGUCACCAAGUCAAGACUCAUCCCCGUGGACAGCGGCCUGUCCAUUCAACAUGGCCUCUCCCGCUACCCUCUCCAAGUCUGCCUUCCGCAGCUGGCUUGCAGGAGAUGCUUUCAGACGGAACGGAUACAAGUUCCCACAUUUCCAGCAACUUCAACCCAGCUCCUGUGGUACAUGCUUCCACACCGUUUCAGAGUAUCCCGAGACAUCGCUCUACUGCCGAAUCUCCUCUGUCAACCAGGGCCUCCCUGGGGACCCCAUCCAGAGUGCUCCCGCCUUCUCAGCGCCCCAAAGAAUGGACAGUGGGCUUCGCAGUGUCGUCCAAGGCAGGACCAACAGCAGCCGCAGCAGCGUCCACCUUGCUCCUGAGGAAACCAAGCCCGCCAGCCCUGUCUGCAGCCCUGGUGGCCAAGGGGGCCAGCAGCAGCCCUUCGGCAUUGGCCUCGGGAUUCGUCAAGGGCAGUUUGACCACUGCUCUUGCCAAACAUGCCACCAACAACACGGCAUCUGGCCCAAAAGCGACACCCGGGGCGGGCCACACGGCCUUCUCGUUCACGCCAGCCUACGUGUUUGCAAAAUCAGCACUCACCACUAGCACUCACACAGCCACACAAGGGAACACGGGCACCGCCUCCGGCCUGUUGUCCACCACACACCUCCCCAGGAAACCACAAGCCAUGCACACGAACCCCCCACCCCCCACCAGCCCAGACCCGCUCAGGGUGUCCACCACACGUUCGCUGGCCAUCACGGCAGCCUUGACCUCUGUCACUGCACCCGUAAGGGCUACCUGGCUGCCGCCUCUGCUGGCAGAAAACCCAAACGCUGCCCUUCCCGCCGUGUCCAUGGCUAUGGUCACAACCGGCAAAAUGGCGUCCAACCUGGAGUGUCAGAUGUCCAGUAAACUCCUGGUGAAGACAGUUCUCUUCCUGACGCAGAGGAGAGCGCAGAGCAGCGAAACCUUGAAGCUCGGCAUAGCCAAAGGGCUCACGCAGGCACUGCGCAAGGCUUUCCGCCAGAACGACGUCUCGGCUCAUGUGGAGAUUCUGGAACAUUCUCAUAACGUCACCGUUGGUUAUUACGCUACCAAAGGGAGGCUGGUGUACUUGCCUGCCGUGGUGACCGAGAUGCUGGGUGUUUACGGGGUCAGCAACAUCACUGCGGACCUGAAGCAGCAUACCCCGAGCCUGCAGUCCGUGGCGGCCCUCGCCUCCCCGUGGCACCCCCAGCCUGCAGGCUACUUCCAGCUGAAAACAGUGCUUCAGUUUGUGAGCCCAUCCGACAACAUCCAGUCCUGCAGGUUUGCUCAGACCAUGGAGCAGAGGCUGCAGAAGGCCUUCCAGGAUGCCGAGAGGAAGGUGUUGAGUGCCCAGAGCAACCUGACGAUUCAGAUCGUGAGCACGUCCAACGCCUCCCAGACGGUCACCUUGGUGUACGCGGUGGCCAAUCGGAGCUCCUUCCUCAAUGGCACCGUGGCCAGCAGCCUCCUCCGCCAGCUCUCGGCCGAGCUGGUGGGGUUCUACCUCACCUACCCGCCGCUCUCCAUUGCUGAGCCGCUGGAAUAUCCCAACCUUGACAUAUCGGAGACAACCAGAGACUACUGGGUAAUUACAGUGCUGCAGGGCGUGGACAAUUCGCUGGUGGGUCUGCACAACCAGAGCUUCGCCCGGGUCAUGGAGCAGCGCCUGGCCCAGCUGUUCAUGAUGUCCCAGCAGCAAGGCCGGCGGUUUAAACGGGCCACCACCCUGGGAAGCUACACCGUGCAGAUGGUGAAGAUGCAGCGGGUGCCGGGACCCAAGGACCCCGCAGAGCUGACUUACUACACCCUGUACAACGGGAAGCCUUUGCUGGGAACCGCGGCCGCCAAGAUCCUGAGCACCAUUGACUCCCAAAGGAUGGCCUUGACCUUGCAUCACGUUGUCCUCCUGCAAGCUGACCCUGUGGUGAAGAACCCGCCCAACAACUUGUGGAUCAUCGCCGCGGUGCUGGCGCCCAUCGCCGUGGUCACGGUCAUCAUCAUCAUCAUCACGGCCGUGCUCUGCCGGAAGAACAAGAACGACUUCAAGCCGGACGCCGUGAUGAACCUGCCCCAGCGAGCAAAGCCUGUGCAAGGCUUUGACUAUGCCAAACAGCACCUGGGCCAGCAAGGGGCGGACGAGGAGGUCAUCCCCGUGACCCAGGAGACGGUGGUCCUCCCGCUCCCUGUCCGAGAUACUCCCGCCUCGCAGGAAAGGGACGUCGCCCAGGACGGAAGCACCAUCAAGACGGCCAAGUCCACCGAAACCAGAAAGAGCAGGUCACCCAGUGAGAACGGCUCUGUCAUCAGCAACGAAUCAGGGAAGCCCAGCUCAGGGAGGCGCUCGCCCCAGAAUGUAACCACACAGCAGAAAGCGCCAAAGGAGGAGGCACGGAAGAGAAAUGUGUCCGCCAGCGAUGAAGAGGAAGGCGCAGUUCUGUUCGAGAACUCUGGCAAGGCGGCCGCCGAUCCCUUCGACUCGUCUUCUGGAUCCGUGCAGCUCACCGCAGUGAAACCCUCAGCCCUCCCCGUGGUGCAGCCCGCCCCAGACCGGAGUCAGGAGGCCGCAGUGCUCAACGGCGAGGUGAACAAAGCCCUGAAGCAGAAGUCAGACAUCGAACACUAUCGAAACAAGCUGCGCCUCAAAGCCAAGAGGAAGGGGUAUUAUGAUUUCCCUGCAGUGGAGACAAACAAGGCCCAGACGGAAAGAAAAAAGAUGUAUGAGAAAUCGCAAAAGGAAAUCGAGCAUGUGUUGGAUCCAGACCCAGAACUGUGUGCCCCAUUCACCGAGUCUAAAAACAGGCAACAGACGAAGAACUCUGUCUACCGAAGCCGGCAGUCUCUGAACAGCCCAAGUCCAGGGGAGACCGAGAUGGACCUUCUGGUGACACGGGAGCGGCCCCGGCGUGGGAUUCGUAACAGCGGCUACGAUACCGAGCCUGAAAUCAUAGAGGAAACCAACAUUGACAGAGUUAACGAGCCGCGGGGCUACGGCAGGUCGCGGCAGAUGAAGGGCCACUCCGAGACGUCCACGCUGAGCUCCCAGCCCUCCAUCGACGAGGUCCGGCAGCAGAUGCACAUGCUGCUGGAGGAGGCCUUCAGCCUGGCGUCCGCGGGCCACGCGGGCCAGAGCCGGCACCAGGAGGCCUACGGCUCCACACAGCACCUGCCCUACUCUGAGGUGGUCACCAGCGCCCCGGGGACCAUGACGCGGCCCAGAGCUGGGGUGCAGUGGGUGCCGACCUACCGCCCAGAAAUGUACCAGUACAGCCUGCCCCGGCCGGCCUACAGGUUCUCCCAGCUUCCUGAAAUGGUCAUGGGCUCUCCGCCUCCGCCUGUACCGCCCCGGACUGGCCCCGUGGCGGUCGCUUCUCUCAGGCGGUCCACCUCCGACGUUGGCAGCAAGACCAGGAUGGCCGAGUCCACCGGGCCCGAGCCAGCCCAUCUGCAUGACAGCGCCUCCUUUACGCAGGUGUCCAGAGGCCCCGUGUCCGUGGCACAGUUGGAUCAGUCAGCUUUAAAUUACUCAGGCAACACGGUGCCCGCAGUGUUCGCCAUCCCAGCUGCCAACAGACCGGGCUUCACCGGCUACUUCAUCCCGACUCCCCCCUCGUCCUACCGCAGCCAGGCCUGGAUGUCCUACGCGGGAGAGAGCGAGCUCCCGAGCCAGUGGGCCGAUUCGGUCCCCCUCCCAGGGUACAUCGAGGCUUACCCCCGGUCCCGUUACCAGCAGAACUCCCCGUCCAGGCUCCCUCGGCAGUACAGCCAGCCGGCCGGCAUGCACCCCAGCCUGGAGCAGGGCCCCGUGCCCUCCGCGGCGGCCUCUCAGCAGAGCCUGGCAGAGAACGACCCUCCCGAUACCCCCCUGACCAACAUCUCCACGGCAGCCCUGGUGAAGGCCAUCCGGGAGGAGGUGGCCAAGCUGGCCAAGAAGCAGACGGACAUGUUUGAGUUCCAGGUCUAA